AUGUUCGGAGGACCACCACCCAAGCCAUCGCCCGAAGAGCAGGCCAUCGCUGUCCGCCAGACCAGGCGAGAGCUGCGAGGCUUCGCAGUCACUGCCGCCAGCCUUUACAUUGCACCUUGGCUCCUCGCUCCCAUCUGGCGCGCCCUCUUCAGCUACCAGUAA